UGUUGUGAUAGCAAAACUCUGCCCAUUGCUGCUCCGAAAGGGCCCCCAUGAUUUAUUCAGCAGUAGAUCGGGGCACGCAAUCGGGCUGUCAAGAAAGCGUCAGCUUAUUAGGCAAGUGCUGCGUGAUUCCAGAAGAGGGUCUACGCUAUAAAAUCACGCACCCAGGCUCUGAUUAGGAGAAAAUCUGAUCACAAGCCGGGGAAGAGACGGCACGGACAGAGUGACAGCGGGACCUCGGCGAGCCCCCAGUGCGGACAGACUCCGCCUGCCCUACGAACCGGCAGCGCCAUCUCUGAGAUCUGGGCGUUGAUCAUGAAGCUCCAGCUGUUGGUCUCCACAGGGAUCCUGCUGGUUGCUCUCCUGCCCUGCCAUGACUGCAGAGCCCUCAGCAAGAGCCCCCCCGCCGCCGCCAGCGCUCCUUUGCCGCCAGAUUUCCUCCAUCCGCAGCCGAGCCUGCCCGUGCUGCUCCGCAUGGGAGAAGAGUAUUUCCUGCGGCUGGGCAACCUCAACAAGAGCCCCACCGCCUCCUUCUUCGCCUCCAGCAGCAGCAGCAGCAGCCGCCUACCGCCCGGCGCCCCCGCCACCAACUUUUUCCGAGCAGCGGUGCAACAGCUGCAGCAGCUCCCCGAGCGCUCGCUGGAGAGUGCGGCGGGCCCCGGGGAGGGGGAAGCCGAGAGCCUGCCCCGGGAGGCGAUGGAGAGGGAGAAGCGAUCCGAGGAGCCCCCGAUCUCGCUGGAUCUGACUUUCCACCUCCUCCGAGAAGUCUUGGAAAUGGCCAGAGCCGAACAGUUAGCGCAGCAGGCUCACAGCAACAGGAAACUGAUGGAGAUCAUCGGGAAAUGAAGCGGCCUCGCCUUGCCAAAGAGAUUCUGCAGUUAGCACAAAAUGAUACAGUAUUAUAUACCAUAGUGCUGCUCUGAUGUCAUCUCUUUAUUUUUCUAUAGCUUUAAACAUAGAGGGUGUACGCUGAACAGAGCCCAUGUCCCUUGGUUAGCAUGCACAGCAGUGUAUUCCCGUGCAGUGACGAGAGAAGUGUCGUUUGUAACUUUCUCACCUUUAUUUUUCCAUUUCAAACUUGUUCUAGUGACAUCGCUACUUAGGAGGGGGACAGCGGAAGAAAGGUUUCAAAGAAGCCGUUGGACGAGAGAGAUGUUUUCUUGUGGGAAAAGGUGUGUGUUUGUGUGUGGGUGGGUAGGUGGGAGGAUCUCUGUAAGCUUCUGCGACUCAACUUUUUCCUGUACCAUUUCUGUAAUAAAACAUCUUUUCAGCGCUCGGUCAAUUUUGUUGUGUAAGAGAAUGUUUAAUAUUUAUAUUUUUAAUAAAAGCUGCAAAGUAACUGUGGUUUUAUAGACUUUCUUGCCAUAUGGUCUUCUAGAUU